AUGCAAGGUCGACACCGGCGGCAGAACGUCUGCGCCGUCGCUGCAACCAGGAGCAGGCACAGGAGCAACUUGCUUCUUCUCCAACUACUCCUCUUCACAACACCCCAACCAGCACUUGCCCAGGACGUCUCUACCAGCAUCGUCACAGAAACAAUCUCCCUCCCAGCCUCCUCAACCGUCACGCAAACCUUCACCGCCCCCGUUGCCUCUUCCACCUCCUCAGACCUAAGUGACACUUACACCGACCCAACCCUCUUCCACAACACCCUCCUCAACACCACAAACUUCUACCGCUACCUGCAUUCCGCCCCCUUCCUCACCUACAACACCUCCCUCGCCACCUUCGCCCAAUCCUACUCCACCAAGUGCAUCUGGGCGCACAACCCCGAACUCGGCUCGCUCAACUACGGCGAGAACCUCGCGCGGGGGUACGCCAACCUCACAGCGGGCAUCGACGCGUGGUACAACGAGGUCACCGAAUUCGACUACGAUUUCGACAAGGACGACCCGACGGGGUUCACUGAGGCGACGGGGCAUUUCACGCAGUUGGUGUGGCGGGAUACGGUGAGUGUGGGCUGUGGGUGGACGGAUUGUGGCGGGGAGAACGGGGUGGAUGGGGUGAUUGUGGUGUGUGAUUAUUAUCCGGCGGGGAAUGUGUUGAUGAAUGGGGGUGCGGAUGGGGGAAAGGCGUUGUUUGUGAGUAAUGUGUUGCCGGAGAGGAGUGGUGGGGCGGAGGGGUGGCAGGCGGUGGAAGCAGAUGCGAUCAAAGGCGUGAGGAACGAGACUGGGGAUGCCAGUGGCGGAGGCGAUGAGCAGGGGAAUAAUGCGGUGAGUAGAAGGACUGGGCUGGGCAUCGUGAUGGUUGGCGCAUUUGUAGUGAGUGCUGUUGCGGCUUGGGGCUUGUGA